GACACGCGGUCCUACACUGAAAUAUGUCCCCCACCGUCUUGCUGCAUUGAUGUGGCGCGCGCGUGUGCUAGCGACAAAUUUAGUUCAAACAAAAUAUCUCGCUAACACAGUCAAUACAACAAACAGUGGCACAUUGCAAAAGUUGAGUCCGAAGCUUUUCCCUGCACAGCGUGUCGCAUUUGUUGUCAACGCCGCGGGGAGACGACACAUGUCGAGUGAAGCCAAGAGGUCAUGCGUUGACAACAUGGCCGCCAAAAAGAUCGGAACCCACAACGGAACCUUUCAUUGUGACGAGGUUUUGGCUUGCUUCUUCCUCCGGCAGCUACCCGAAUACAAGAAUGCGGAGAUCGUGCGGACCAGAGACCCUGCGCAACUUGCUUGCUGUGACAUCGUCGUCGAUGUGGGAGGAGAAUUUGAUCCACAGAGGCACCGCUAUGAUCAUCAUCAGAGGACCUUUGCAGAGACCUUUCACAGCCUUCGUCCUGACAAGCCUUGGGUGACCAAGCUCAGCUCUGCCGGCCUGGUCUAUCUCCACUUUGGCCGUCGGCUGCUGGCCCAGCUGACGCACCUGAAGGACGACGACAAGCGGCUGGAGAUCCUCUAUGACAAGCUCUAUGAAAACUUUGUGGAGGAGGUGGACGCCAUCGACAAUGGCAUUUCACAGUGUGACGGCGAGGCACGCUACGCCAUCUCCACCACGCUGAGCGCACGUGUUGGUCAUCUGAAUCCACGCUGGAACAGCAAGAGUCAGGACACAGAGGAGGGGUUCAAAAAGGCUUUGGCAUUAGUUGGGAAUGAAUUUCUGGACCGUUUGGAUUUCUACAAGUCCUCCUGGUUGCCAGCCCGCCAGGUUGUGGAAGAAGCUGUUAAGGAGCGGUACAAGGUUGAUCCCUGUGGGCAGGUGAUGGAGUUCUCUCAAGGCGGCUGUCCCUGGAAGGAGCAUCUGUUCGCCCUGGAGGAGGAGCUCCAGGUGGAGAUGCCCAUCAAGUAUGUGCUGUACUCCGACCAGAAUGGACAUUGGAGGGUCCAGUGUGUCCCUGCAGGCCUCAACACCUUCCAGAGCAGACUGCCCCUGCUCGAGGAGUGGCGCGGUAUCCGCGACGAUGCGCUGUCCGAGCUCAGCGGCAUCGAGGGAUGCAUUUUCGUCCAUGCUGCCGGAUUUAUCGGUGGGAACAAGACGCGGGAAGGGGCCCUGGAGAUGGCCCGCAGGACCCUGCAGGCCGCUGCAAACGCACCUGCCAAUGGCGACUGCUGACCAGUACACCCAUUUAAUUUUUUAUAUUUUAUUUUUGGCCAGGAUGUCACUGUCACUAAUUGUCACUUUGUUAGUCGAGAGAUGGUGUACGACUUACCGCAUUAGGUACACCUGCACAAUCCAAUACGACAAAAAGCUUCCUUUCAAUGUGGUCAUACUCAGUUUUGUUUGGGGGCCAUCCGAGGUGUUUCUAGCAAUGUAAUACAUGUCAACACUGCAAACCACAAACACACCUCUUGUUUACACGCUUGAGAGACGUGAAAAUAAUUAGUCAAAUAAAUACAAUUGAUAGCACAAAAUUUGCAUCGGCAUCCAAAUUUCUUGUGAAAUUAUGACAUGAUAUUCGAAAAAUAAUAACAAAUUAUGUAAAAUGUAGUCUCACUGUUUGUCGGGUAUAGAGACCGAAUAGCAAAGAUAUGGUUAUAAUUGAUGCCCUUUGUAAGUAAGUGAGUUGUAUUUAAUAUUUUAAUGCCUUCUUCCCCACACCUCAGGAAUGGCCCUAAUACCUGGAGCCACAUUGAAAUAGUUUGACCCAUUUACCUUCGCUCCACAAUUUUGGUUCAUCGAGAAAGUAAGAAAAAAAGAGAGGCAAGGGGGGUUGGGAUAUACAGCCCGUGUACUGGUUCUAUUUGAUUGUGUCUCUGAACCUAAUGAACUCCUUUGUCAUUCAAUUCCAAUAAAAGUGACCUAUUAAUACUU